AUGACGGAAAGACAAACUCCAGACUCCUCGCUUCAACACCAUGUCCCGCCACAGCAACCAUUCCCAACGACCACCGGAUUCGGCCCCGCUUCAGUCUCAGACGACGAGCGCAGCAGCUCAAGCGACUCUCAAAGCAACUCGCCGAAUGACCAGUUUCUCCCGCAGUAUUAUUCCUUCUUCCACGCCGCGCAUCCGUGCGUUCUGCCGCAAUGGGCGCUGAAGCAGCGGCUCGCCAGCAACGGGCAGGACCUCCACGCUCUCAUCCCGGUCCUCCAAUUCAUUGGUUCGGUGUACGCAAAGUCGACAGUAUCCCCAGUCCUGAAAGUGGAAGCCGAGCAAGCGGUUGCUUCUAUUGGGACAAGCACACCGAUAACCGGCUUCGACGUCCAAGCCGUCUUGCUGCUGUCGAUUGCCGUCUACUGGGCCAAUGAACCCGACAAGGCACUGUCUUUGCUCGACAAAACGAUCGCGGUGGCCUUGGAGCUGGGAAUGCAUCGACAGUAUUAUGCAUACGCGAAUGGAAACAACGACCCCCUCGUUGAAGAGUGCUGGCGACGGACCUGGUGGCAGGUCUACAUGACAGACGCACAUAUCGCGGGCAGUACGAGCACAUUCCCGUUUCGAACAAGUGGAAUCGAGAUGAGUUGCGACCUGCCUUGUGAUGAGGCGGAGUAUGAGUCGGGGAAGAUUCCCCGGCCUCGAACACUACAAGACUACGACAUGCGUGAAUUCCUCGACGACAACGAGCGGAUAUUCUCAUCCUUUGCAGAAAUGGUCGGCCUCACGCGCGGUCUUGACCUCGCACUCUGCACCCGGAAGGGCAUGACCAUUGCCAACGCCCCUACCAUCUGCUCCAACGCCGACGCCACGGUGACGGCCUGGAGGUCGUUACUCCCUCCGUCAAAGAAAGACCUUGUUCGAGAAGACGGCACCGUCGACGAGCUCCUCUUCAAGGCAAACAUGAUUAUCUCCACAUACGUCGUCGAACUCCACCGCCAACUCUCUACCCUAUGCUAUAGCGAAAUCGAGUCGAUAGCGCACUGCUCGCCCGCUCCACCCCCGGAGAGUCUCCGCGGAUGCAACACUCCAGAAUGCCAGCUCCACACUGCAAAGGUGCUCCGCGCGAUUGAUGGCUUCGACGACCUCUUGACACUCCCUACGAACAUCGCAACACAUACGCCCUUCAUCAUCUGCAUGAUCUCUAACCUGGUCAUCGCCCACCUCGCCGCCUGCCGCUUUCACUAUCAAGGGCAGCAGCUGAAGCUCGCCCGCGAGCGAAUUCGGCUGAGCAUGGGCGCGCUGAAGGUCCUGGGUGAGUACUGGACUAUGGGGCAGCGGACGUAUCGGGAGGUCGGGAUCGUCGCGAGAGAGAUUCUGGGGUUGAAGAAUGUGCCGAAGCAACAGCAGCAACUGCCAUCACCGGUUCCUACAACUACGCCCACCGCGAUUCUCGGCAAUGGGACAAUGUUGCAGUCUCCACCAACGUCAAUUCCACCGCUUCAAGCCAAAGGAGACCUCCCAAACGAGGCCGAAAUGCUCGAUAUCUCGAAUUAUCUCGACCAGACCGGGUUCCCGGAUCUGCAACUACUUGACUCGACCUUCGAUUUCUGCGGCUUGUUUGAUAUGAAUAUGGGUGGCGCGAAUGUCAAUGUGCCGUAUAUGACUGUUGUAUAG